GCUCUCUAUGGUGCAGCUGGGUCGGUGGCGGUAAGAAGAAAAGGGGGACCGCACUGCGCAGGCGCCCUCGGCGUCUCUCUCGCUCUCGGUCUUUUUUUUUUUUUUUUUUCCUUUUUUUUUUUUUUUAAUCCCCGCACCAAGCGCUUAACCUCAUUGGGGUGGAGGAGAAGGCGGCGGCUCUCUGGUCCGCAGCGGCAACAGUAACGAAAAACAGGGCUAAUGGACUGCUGAAUUAUGAAGUAUUUCAGACCCAAUAGUAGAACAUCACUCUGCCACUCACUCCUUUAUCUCCUACUAGUUAUUUAAAUUGGACUUUUAAUAUCCUACCAGCUGCUCUUCAGACACACAUGGUGCAUUGUUGCCAUUCCCCAGAUUGCAUCUUUGAAACACAGGCUCUUAGUAACCUUCAGCGAACAAAGAGGCAACCUCCCAGAUACGUCUGCUGGGAGGGAGUCAUCCUGACUGCCCUCUAGCUUUUGCUGGAUCUGGAUUUGAAUUCCACUAUGGAGCCUCGCAUGGAGUCCUGCUUGGCGCAGGUGUUGCAGAAGGAUGUGGGGAAACGAUUGCAGGUUGGCCAAGAACUGAUAGACUAUUUCUCAGACAAACAGAAGUCUGCUGACCUUGAGCAUGACCAGACCAUGUUAGAUAAACUUGUGGAUGGACUUGCUACCUCUUGGGUGAACUCUAGCAAUUACAAGGUGGUUCUGCUGGGCAUGGACAUCCUGUCCGCCCUGGUGACCCGGCUGCAGGAUCGGUUCAAGGCGCAGAUCGGCACAGUGCUGCCAAGUCUAAUAGACAGACUAGGAGAUGCUAAAGACUCUGUGAGGGAGCAGGACCAAACUCUGCUGCUAAAGAUCAUGGAUCAAGCUGCUAAUCCCCAGUACGUAUGGGACAGAAUGCUUGGAGGCUUCAAACACAAGAAUUUCCGUACCCGAGAAGGCAUCUGUCUCUGCCUUAUAGCAACACUCAAUGCCUCUGGAGCGCAGACUUUAACACUAAGCAAGAUUGUGCCACAUAUAUGCAACUUACUUGGAGAUCCAAACAGCCAGGUUCGAGAUGCAGCAAUAAACAGCUUAGUGGAAAUUUACAGACAUGUAGGAGAACGUGUGAGGGCAGAUCUCAGUAAAAAAGGAUUGCCACAGUCCCGGUUGAAUGUAAUUUUUACAAAAUUUGAUGAAGUCCAGAAAUCUGGAAACAUGAUACAAUCUGCAAAUGAUAAAAAUUUCGAUGAUGAAGAUUCUGUGGAUGGUAACAGACCUUCCUCUGCUAGUUCUACAUCAUCCAAGGCUCCACCAAGUUCUCGGAGAAACGUUGGAAUGGGAACCACCCGCCGGCUUGGUUCAUCCACCCUGGGAUCCAAGUCUUCAGCUGCAAAAGAAGGAGCUGGUGCUGUGGAUGAAGAGGAUUUUAUUAAAGCAUUUGAUGAUGUACCUGUAGUACAGAUUUAUUCCAGCCGAGACCUUGAGGAAUCCAUAAACAAAAUUAGGGAAAUACUGUCUGAUGACAAGCAUGAUUGGGAGCAGAGAGUAAACGCUCUAAAAAAGAUUAGAUCUUUACUUUUGGCUGGUGCCGCUGAGUAUGAUAACUUCUUUCAACAUUUGCGUCUUUUGGAUGGAGCCUUUAAACUCUCUGCUAAGGAUCUGCGGUCUCAGGUAGUGCGGGAGGCUUGUAUCACGUUGGGGCAUCUGUCAUCAGUUCUGGGGAAUAAGUUUGACCAUGGAGCUGAAGCCAUUAUGCCAACUAUCUUUAAUUUAAUUCCAAACAGUGCCAAAAUUAUGGCCACGUCUGGUGUUGUAGCUGUUAGGUUAAUUAUUCGGCACACACACAUCCCUAGGUUAAUACCUGUCAUAACAAGCAACUGUACCUCUAAGUCUGUCGCUGUUAGAAGGCGCUGUUUCGAAUUUUUAGAUUUGCUUUUACAAGAAUGGCAGACACAUUCACUAGAACGACACAUAUCAGUAUUAGCUGAAACAAUAAAGAAGGGAAUACAUGAUGCUGAUUCCGAAGCAAGAAUAGAAGCCAGAAAAUGUUACUGGGGUUUCCACAGUCACUUCAGCAGAGAAGCAGAGCACUUAUACCACACCUUGGAGUCCUCCUACCAGAAGGCCCUGCAGUCCCACCUGAAGAACUCAGACAGCAUAGUGUCUCUGCCUCAGUCAGACCGCUCGUCUUCCAGCUCUCAAGAGAGUCUGAAUCGUCCACUGUCUGCCAAAAGAAGUCCUACUGGAAGUACCACAUCUAGAGCUUCUACAGUUAGUACCAAAUCUGUGUCAACGACUGGGUCCCUCCAGCGAUCUCGAAGUGAUAUUGAUGUGAACGCAGCAGCCAGUGCCAAAUCCAAAGUCUCCUCAUCUGCGGGCACGACGCCUUUCAGCUCUGCAGCGGCUUUGCCUCCAGGGUCAUAUGCAUCCUUAGAGUCCAGACACAUGAGGGAAGACAUGGAGUACAUAGGCCUGGACUCAGGUCGGAUCCGCACAAGACGACAAAGCUCUGGGAGUGCCACCAAUGUCGCCUCUACACCUGAUAACCGGGGCCGCAGUCGUGCUAAAGUGGUUUCACAGUCCCAGCCUGGCAGCCGGUCAAGUUCCCCAGGAAAAUUGUUGGGAAGUGGUUAUGGUGGACUUGCUGGGGGCUCCUCACGAGGCCCACCUGUGACACCAUCCUCAGAAAAGCGAAGCAAGAUUCCCAGGAGCCAGGGAUGUAGCCGGGAAACAAGUCCAAACCGAAUAGGAUUAGAUCGAUUUGGGCUUGGCCAGCCAGGAAGAAUACCUGGUUCUGUGAAUGCCAUGAGAGUUCUGAGCACAAGUACAGAUCUUGAAGCUGCUGUUGCCGAUGCUUUGCUGUUAGGAGACUCCAGGAGCAAGAAGAAGCCUGUGAGGAGGAGAUAUGAGCCGUAUGGGAUGUAUUCUGACGAUGAUGCCAACAGUGAUGCCUCAAGUGUUUGCUCUGAGCGCUCAUAUGGCUCCAGGAAUGGUGGCAUUCCCCAUUAUCUGCGGCAGACUGAAGAUGUAGCAGAAGUUCUCAACCACUGUGCUAGUUCAAACUGGUCAGAAAGGAAAGAAGGGCUUCUGGGCCUGCAGAACUUACUGAAGAGCCAAAGAACACUGAGUCGAGUUGAACUGAAAAGGUUGUGUGAGAUCUUCACCCGGAUGUUUGCUGACCCUCAUAGCAAGAGAGUUUUCAGUAUGUUUUUGGAGACUCUUGUGGAUUUUAUAAUAAUUCAUAAGGAUGAUUUACAAGACUGGCUUUUUGUUCUUCUCACACAAUUACUUAAGAAAAUGGGAGCAGAUUUACUUGGAUCUGUGCAAGCAAAAGUUCAAAAGGCUCUAGAUGUCACAAGGGACUCCUUUCCAUUUGAUCAACAAUUUAACAUUUUGAUGAGAUUUAUUGUGGAUCAAACUCAAACUCCAAACCUCAAGGUCAAAGUUGCAAUCCUGAAAUACAUUGAGUCUCUGGCCAGACAGAUGGAUCCAACAGAUUUUGUAAACUCUAGUGAGACAAGGCUUGCUGUUUCUAGAAUCAUAACCUGGACAACAGAACCAAAGAGUUCAGACGUGAGAAAGGCAGCACAAAUUGUGCUAAUCUCUCUGUUUGAAUUGAAUACUCCUGAAUUUACCAUGUUACUUGGUGCCUUGCCAAAAACAUUCCAGGAUGGUGCCACCAAACUCCUGCACAACCACCUCAAGAAUUCCAGUAACACCAGUGUGGGCUCUCCAAGCAAUACGAUUGGCCGGACGCCCUCCCGACACACCAGCAGCAGGACCAGCCCCCUAACCUCACCCACCAACUGUUCCCAUGGGGGUCUGUCUCCAAGCAUGCUGGACUAUGAUACGGAGAACCUGAACUCUGAAGAAAUCUAUAGUUCUCUACGUGGAGUUACAGAAGCCAUUGAAAAGUUUAGUUUUCGAAGCCAAGAAGAUCUGAAUGAGCCCAUUAAACGAGAUGGCAAAAAGGAGUGUGAUAUUGUGUCCCGUGAUGGGGGUGCUGCCUCCCCUGCCACCGGCGAGGUAGAAGGAGGCCGGACAGCUUUGGAUAACAAGACCUCGCUACUCAACACCCAGCCUCCGCGUGCCUUCCCGGGACCGCGGGCACGAGACUACAACCCGUACCCCUACUCAGAUGCCAUCAACACCUACGACAAGACUGCCCUGAAAGAGGCUGUGUUCGAUGAUGACAUGGAGCAGCUUCGAGAUGUGCCCAUCGACCAUUCUGACCUGGUGGCUGACCUUCUGAAAGAGCUGUCCAACCAUAACGAGCGAGUGGAGGAACGGAAGGGAGCCCUGCUGGAGCUGCUCAAGAUCACGCGGGAAGACAGCCUUGGUGUCUGGGAGGAGCACUUCAAGACCAUUCUGCUCCUGCUGCUGGAGACCCUCGGAGACAAAGACCAUUCAAUUCGAGCACUGGCGUUGAGAGUUUUGAGGGAAAUUCUGAGAAAUCAACCAGCAAGAUUUAAAAACUACGCCGAGCUGACGAUUAUGAAGACUCUGGAAGCCCACAAAGACUCCCAUAAGGAGGUGGUGAGAGCGGCUGAGGAGGCUGCGUCCACACUGGCCAGUUCCAUCCACCCGGAGCAGUGCAUCAAGGUGCUCUGCCCCAUCAUCCAGACGGCCGACUACCCCAUCAACCUUGCCGCCAUCAAGAUGCAGACCAAAGUCGUCGAGAGGAUCGCCAAGGAGUCGUUGCUGCAGCUCCUCGCCGACAUCAUCCCAGGCUUGCUGCAGGGUUAUGACAACACCGAAAGUAGUGUGCGUAAGGCCAGCGUGUUUUGCUUGGUGGCAAUUUAUUCCGUAAUCGGAGAAGACCUGAAACCUCACCUUGCACAGCUCACAGGGAGCAAGAUGAAGCUACUAAACUUAUAUAUCAAGAGGGCCCAGACCACCAACAGCAACAGCAGCUCCUCCUCCGAUGUCUCCACGCACAGCUAAUGGCAGCACCUGUCUCUUGUGUAGACCUAGAAGCAAUCGGUGGUGCCUCUCAGAGACCUCUCCCCACCCCCUUCAUCGGCUGCCCAGUCAGUACAAGGAGGCCCACAAAUAUUUAUUACAAUCAGUAUUUUGGUCCCUUCCAGCUUUUCUGUAGAAUCUUACUGGUAUUGAAUGUAAAGGAAGCAAGGCCUGUAUUGCAGUCUUCAUACAAAAUGAAAGGAAUAAGAACAGAAAAGAGCCAUACUGAAACAUGUCUUGUACAGCCUGCUGAGAUGGCAAAACCAUGUGUGUGGGGUGCAGUUUUUAAAAAUCAGAGCGCUGUAGCCACUACUUGGUAGAAAGUAGCAUUUUUUUUUUUCCAGUUAAUAACGGAUUUGGGGGUGGGGUGGGGUGUUACUUUGUGUUCCUCCUCCUUAGCCUGUUUUCUUGUGAGUAUGGUCUGUGUGGAGCCCCUUUCACAGCUGACACCAUGAAAGGUGACACAUCUUUUAAGUUGUGUUCUGAGACCUACUAAAAGUGGGAAUCAAGUCUUGGCAAGAACAGUCUGAAGAUGGCCUUUUAACAAACGCUGGGGAUUUUUCUUGUCAUAUCCGGACUGGAGGCCGACUGCCCUGGCUUUCAGCAUAGAAUUGGGAGUGCACCCCAGCAGUCUCCUUCCAGCCCUCCCUAAUCAACUCCACAGACAAGGUCCUCACCCCAGAGCUUCCAUGCAAAGGAAUUCUUCAAAUUUAAAUCUGGACGCAAAAAUAAGAUAAAUGUAUGGCAUCAUUUAGGGAUGCCUGAGAUGGCAGUUCAUGAAGCACAGAAGAUAAAAGAGAAGUCUUUCAUCUUUACUGCGGAGGUCCUUGGGAGCGCUGCUGGCAUGGGGGUUCUGCCAAGACCUUCAUCCCUGGGCUACUUGGUGAUUCAGAUUUAGCAGCAACCUCUUUCCUCUCCUGAGGUUCUGCUGAAGCUGUUCAGUUCUAACAUGGUCUCAAUCUGGUAAAUGCCAUCUUUACCAUCUUAGUUCUGACUUCUCCGUUUAAUGUGGGAUUAAGAGCAAAGAAAAGCCUAGAGAGACUGGAUAUCACAAUUUUCUUAAUGUUAUAAACUGAAGUAGUUCCUUGAAUGUCUGUUGAUGAAAUAGUCACUGUUUAAGGAAAAAGUAAUUAUGAGGUGUAGCAGAUUGCAGAAAAACGGGAUUAGAAACACACUUAAAAAGAACGCACAUUUAGAGUCUCUCUUCCUCCCGAAGGAACCACUAGACCCCCUUUUUAGAAACACCUUUAGAGCCUAAUUCCUCCAAUAAAAGCAACUAGAGGUCUGCAGUCUGUUUAAAUAAAUUGUGACUAAAAUUCUUAAGCCAAAUGGAAAUUCGUAAUGCAAUCAUGAGGACUUCUAUUGUCUCUUCCUGUUGUAUUAGAUCCUAUAAAUUGAACUGAUAUUUCCAUAAGGAAAACGCUUCUUUUGAGAUUAAUUCUAAUAAUGUAUUUGCUAUUCCAGUGCAGAGCCCACUGCAACUGCUAGGACUGAAAGCAGACGCUGGGUGCCAGAGCACGUGGUUCUCACCAUCAUUUCCACAGACCCCUCUGCCCUGACCCUCCAGAUUGGAUGUAGGAAGCUGGGAAAGACUGAUGUAUUUGGAAACAUGCGCUGAAAAUGAAGGCCUCAUAGUGCGUAGGAACAGUGAAGCCAGGGUGCUGACCGUGGGUGUGUGUGUGUGUGUGGCGUGUGGUGUGUGUGUGUGCGUGCACCCUACACGUAUGGUACCUCACUGCUGCUGUUCAGGGAACUUGAGGGAUGCAUUUCAAGGGGUUGGGUAUUCCUGACUAGCUUUGGCUUAAAAUACAGCAGGACCAGGUCUUUUGUUGAUAAAUACUGUUGGUUUAUUAAAAUGUCAUUAAUGGUAUUUCUUUUUUACACUCUGCAAGUGAAUUAGGGAGUCUUUUGUUGACCCGUCUGUUGUAGGAAUGUGCGUCGGGCUAGGUUAUCCGUGAGUGUCUUUAUGCCUAAUGCAGUUAGGAAGACCUUCCUCCUUGAGCUGUUUGUCUCCCAGAAGGUCCUCCAGUCCCCGGUGUACUCAGAAAGGAUCUUGAACAUUGCUGGACGUCCUCAUAGUACUCACAAAGGGCUAGCCUUGAAUGUCACUUGCCCAGUCUUCAGUCUCCUGACAGAUACAAUCACGUCACAGGUCUCUUGGCCUCAAUCUGAAAACUGCUGCCACCGCGCCGAGGAGACUCGCAUGCCGCCACCACCUCACUGGGAGGGCGCCGAGCCCACCGUCGCCCCCUAGACCCUGACAGCUGCAGCUGCCUUGCCUUGCCGCCGCCUCCCUGCAGGGCCCCUGUUCCAAUGAAAAACAGAACACAAAAGAGCAGAGCACCUAGGCCUGUCUCUGCCUCCCCGUCUACCUGACUGGCCAGGGCCGGAGAGCCCUGCUGCUCCACUGCGGGGCCGGGAGGGCUGACUCCCUGCUUCCUCCAAGCUGCUGCCUCCCCUGCAGCCAGGGUCUGGGCAGGGUGCGGCCAGUCCUUGGGGCACGCAGCUUCCUUCAAGUGCACUGUGUGUGCUUCCCGGACCUGCGGCGAUGCCACGGGCCUGCCUUUUCUACGCGCCUCACUAGCUUACCACCCUGUGCAGGUAAUGCAACUGACUUUGUCUCAUCAGCCUUUUUCUUUCCCUGCCACCCUUUAUUUAUCAAGCAUAAUGUUACACUUUAAAGGACAGCAAAUAAGAACUUUGUAGAAUCCCACCAGGACUUUGCUAACAAUAAUGUUUGGAAAUAAAGAAAUGCUCUGGAAAAUAUCAGCCACCAAAAUAGUUUUGUUGGCACUGUGUUCACACGCAUGGUCCCCACACCCCCAGGCUGGGUGGGUUUUUUGUUUUUUUGGGGGUUUUUUUGUUUUUGGGCUUUUUCAUGUUACAUCCAUAUCUGUAUUUAUAUCUUAUUUGUUUCACUUUCAAGUGUAUCAUGGCAAAUGUACAGAUUUUUUUUGUUAAUAAUGUGCUAGGAUUUGCUAAAAAAGAAAACAAACAGAAAAAAAACCCUUUUGAGUUUGCCCUAGAAUAAAUGAGACUUAAUUCAA